AUGAUAUCAACCACACAGGAGGAGGCAAGUGCUAUGCUCUAUGGAUUUGAUUCUGAUACCCACACUUUCAAUCUGUGGCUAGACCAACACUGCAAGGGUGUGCAACAGGUAAAGGGAUCGCCGUCCGCUUUUGCUGCGAGCAGAAUUGUUCAGGUUGGCAUCGCUACUAUUAUCGUCCUCGAGUACUCCGCCUUCCUUGCGAACAGCAUAGGGAGAACAAAGCAUAUCGAGUCUGCCGUAGACUACUACCUGAAAUCUCCGACAGCUGUCGCAGUGGAGAAAGGAGCGGAAGAGAUUUCUCGUCAAGGCUACGACAAAGAGGAACUGGAGAAGAAGGUUUUCGAGUUCAUCCUUGAAAAUCGCUUGUCAAAGGACUUGACAGAAAAGAAGUAG